CGUUAUUAUGGCGUCACGAAAUUUUUUCCGUAAACAAACGUGGGUUUACUUUUCCACCCAACGAAAGCGCGCGCGCGUGGGAACCGCCUACGAGGAGGGUGCGAGCUUCCUCGUUCGGAUACGCUAAAGCCGUGUUAACCCGGGUGGCGAAUCUUUUCGUGCUUCUGGUUAACACUCCCGCCUCCGCUUUGAAGAAGAAACUCGCGAGCCAGUGGAUACGGGACAGGCGGGGAAGUGGACGCCGCGGUUGCGGGGGCUAUUUGACCGUUGCUUGGGCGUUUUAUCGGACCGCUGGGAAACCCCGCGGCUGAGCCCGAGCGGAUCCCGCCCGCUCUCCUUUGUUGGGCGCGUCUCUUUCUGGAAGGGGACGCCGCCUUGACCCUCCUCCCGCAUGUUUGGCCUCUACCCGGUGUGGGAAGCCGUGGCAGGGAAGCGGAUGGCUCUGCCCUCGGUUCAUAGAUGCGUCCAAGAGUGUUUGUGCCUUUGGAUAGCUGCGUGAUUAAUAGGAAGGUAGCUUUAGUCUUUUCCUCCAGCAGUCUUCUCUCCCCCCCAUGCUCAAUCAAGAAAAUCAGCUGCUCCUUAAAAAGCUGAGGCAUGUACGCCUAAAAAACAAGCAGCUGGAAUAUGAUGUAGUGCAGCUGCAUGAUAAACUACAUGAGCAAAAGAAGUGCUUGCCUGCCUGUGUCACAAGGAAAGAUGUGCAGAUUCAAACAGAAUUUCACUGGUACCAUAAAGGUGAUGGGGUUCAUCACAAGGAACAUGAUGUACUAAGGGAACAUGCCAGAGUGCUUCAGAUGUAUAAUGAACUGAAGAAAAGGUACAAUAAAGAAGUCAAAGCAAAUCAAAGACAAAAUGAAACAGUUGCAAUGCUGUCUGGUAAAAUUAAUGAUCUGGAACACCAACUUCAUUUAGCAAACCAAAAGAUAAAUGCCUUGGAAUGUAAAAAAAAGGACAAAUUUGUUCCAAUUCAGAGAAGAAUGUCAUCUGACAAAUGUAUGUGCAAAAAGAAGGGAAGCUGUUCCUGCAAAUAUUUAGACCAGCUGCUUUUUGAGACACAGCGACUGAAGAUGGAAAAUGAAACGCUCUCCAAAGAAAGAAGAAUGUUAAAAAAUGAGCUUGCGGCAUUAGAUAAGGAUUUCUUUGAUGAAAUAGAAGAUUUAAAAUAUGCUCUACAAGAAGCCAUAAAACUGAAUACCCACUAUGAAAAGUGUUUAAAACAGUUAAGUUCCACUUAUGGAAACAGUCUUACAUCAACAAUGACAGCUGGCAAUCCUCGUACAUCUUUAUGGAAAUAACAUGCUCAAUCAAGAUUAUUAUUAAAGUAUACUGAGUACACAGAAAAAUAAACUCUCAACAGAGUAACUUCUUAAUUUGUACAAUAAAAUCAUGACUCUUACCCAUU